CGAGAAUUUGAAAUAUUGAAAAGGGUGCGAGCGCUCGUGCUGGAAUGGAAGAACCUGCAGAAGAGACAGUAGCGGGGCGUUCAGAGCUGGGAGACGCUGGAGAGGAGAGGGCCCACGAGAUGUCUGCGACGGACGGGGAAGACAGCAGAGUGCCCGCUGCGCCUGACGUCACGUACGACGCCACGCUACUCGAGCAACAUCAGAGCGAGACGACGGCUGGAGGGGAGGGUGGCGGGGAGAGGGGGGCACGGACUAGCGGGACGGCCAAAGAGAAAGCGGUCAGAUUCAAGGAGGAGGUAACAGGUUUGGAAGAAGACCCGCCAAUAGCCAGAGGGGAAGAGGAUAAGAAAGAGAAGGAAGAGGAAGAGAAAGACGAGUGGAUGGACAUUUUGGGGACUGGAGACCUCAAGAAGAAGGUGGUGCGAGAUGGGGGCGGGGUCGAGACACGCCCCACUCCGCUCUCUCGGGUGAGGAUCAGGACGAAGGGGCAGCUGGACAACGGGGCCGUCGUAGACAGACACAGCUCCAUCCCCUUCACUCUCGGAGAUGGAGACGUCCUCCAAGCGUGGGAUCUGUCAGUAUCACUGAUGGAGGUGGGCGAGUUAGCACUGGUUAGAACCAGCCCCAGAUUUGCAUACGGAAGACAAGGAAGAACUCCUGAUAUUCCAGCUAAUGCUAGCAUAACGUAUGAAUUAGAGCUGUUGGAUGUUCAGCCGCCUGUCGACUAUGCCACUGUCACUGAACAGGAGCUUACCACACUUGUGUAAGAACGUUCCGGAAUAUUACGGUUGCAUCAUUACGUUUUGUACUGUGUGUGUGUGUGUGUGUGUUCAGAGAUCGGAAGAGAAUACGAGGAAACGAGUUGUUUCAGAGAAAAGACUACGAACUAGCGGUCAACUCUUACGAUAAGUGAGCCGUGAUUACGAAAAGGGCACCAUAAUCAUUAUCUGAAAACCGAUUGUCUCUCUGUGUGAUGCAGGGCCUUGAAACUAAUUGACAGCUACACUGGAGAGCAUGAGUCCGAAGAGCUGCCUCCUGCCAUCUCAGACAUGCACGUUCGCUGCCUCAACAACUUGGCCGCCGCCUACCUAAAGGUUGAAAGAUACAAAGAGUCUCAAGAAACAUGCCAAAAGGUGCUUGAGAAAGAGCCUGAAAACGUUAAAGCGCUCUUUAGAUAUGGAAAGGUACUGGCUAUACGGGGUGAUUUGUCAGAGGCGGUCAAACAUCUCCAGAAAGCUCUGGAACUUAACCCAGACGAGAGGGCUAUUCAGGUGGAGCUGCAGAAGGCUCAGAAGAAGAAGGACAGGGUGGAGAAGGAGGAGAGGGAAAUGUACAGACGAAUGGUCAGCAACCCUCCCAAGUCAACAGGACGGGCAGAAAACCCCAGACACUCUUUAUGGAAAAGGCUGAUACAGGGGCCUGUUCCCUACCUUGCAGUAGCAGCCGUGGUAGGGAUCGCAGGUAUCGCCAUAGCUUACUACUGGACCCAGACCUAGCACUCUGUCCACAGCCCAGCUCAUUUCUGUAGCUGCUGUUUUAGGAUCCCUCGCUUAAUGAAUCGCCCCUGUUAUUAUAUAUCUAAAUUUGCCAAAAUAUUAUGUGUGCCGGUAUAACUUGUU